AUGCCUUCUUCGGACGGCAAGUUAUGGACGGCCAACGUUGCCAACGAUGAGACAAGUAUUGCGGCAGCAUCGCUUAUGCGUGUGCUCGAAGGUGUCGCAGUUGCUACCAAGGCACCUGAUGAACACAUUCAACCAUUAGCCCAGUGGUUGCGACACUACGGAGUCGUCGAAGGCAACGAUUCGCCUCUGGGUAUAACGGCGACCGAUACCGAAAGCGCCCUCGAUCUCGCUCUCCCCUUUGACGAAUGGCGUGCGGCCAUUGCUUCCAGUUCCGAGAACUGCAAUGAAGGUGUCCGGCAGCUCGCCCAAGUUACUCUGGCUGUUGCGUUGCUGCGAGAGAAGGCACGGCGCGGACUGGAUGUUGACACGGCGAGCCUCGAUACAAUCUGGAGUCUGAUCUACGAGGCUAUCAUCAGUGCGCAGGGCACUGAGCUGCAGUUCACUGUUUCCCGCAGUGCGCAGGGAUUCUUGGCUGUCCCGCUAUGCAGUCUACUCAAAGAUGGCCGCAUUGAGGAGCUAUGGCGGUUGCAUACAUGGCUGCCUGAUGAGCAGCGGGGCGUGUCUGAAGAUGUGUGCAUUCAUGCCCACCAGCCAUUUGGACAGAGCUGGAUAUUACUUGGAUGUGGCACAGACUGCGCGUUCGAAGUCGACAGCCCUGACGAUCCCUCUUUGACCACUCAUGCAGCUUACGAAUGUUGCUAUGCCGGCGCAGAUGGCAAGCAGAGUGGGUCGGGAUAUCAGACUCACCAAAUAAGCUCAACAAUCAAGAACACGGGAAGACUUGUGAGAGUCACUCCGGUCAGCCGCGAACCACACUCGCGUGAUAUGACUUAUAUCGUUUCGGGUGGCGCCUACCACCGAUCAAUUGUGUCAGGUAGCAGACUUCAUGCUACGCUUUUCGUCUUCGAUGCGCACCGCGGCUACGAUGAUACCGCUGCCGUGCUCGGCCCGAAGGAUGGUAGUGAGUAUUUACAACCCCGAGAUCCCGCUGGUAUCACGCCCGAAGCCCUUGCACAAAUGGUGGGCGUAACUCGAAAGUGGGAGCAAGCGCAGGGAGUCAAGCGUGAAGGAAACGAUGAGCAUGCUACUGUGAUGGGAUAUUACAGAUUCUUCCGUGGGUUGGGACUGCUGCAGGCUGGGCACCGAGAAGAUGCCUUGUCGUAUUUCAAUCCUACCAAGGGGUGCACACCUACGCAGGCGUUCGCUCGGGAGCCCUCGCAGCAGCAUCGUGAUUACAUCAGGAAGCUCAUUGAAGUAGGGGCUGACUUGGACAUUGUGGAUGAGUCAGGCUACAAAGCAUUGGACUAUGCUGUGCACAACGGAGACACGGAGACCGAAGCACUUAUUCUUGGACGGCCUUCGGCAGCAUUUAGCUGA